AUGCUAUCCAAGAGGAAUUUCUCGAUCAAGGUUCAUAUCAGCAUUGUUAUGACGAAAGUGCAUCAAAGUCUUUGAGGCGUAGUCAUCCUAUAUCCAUUUCACAUCCAUACCAGCCUUCUACCACCUAUAUCACAUAAAUCCCAAUAGUCCACUCGGAGCCCCAUCGGACGAACUCCUUGAAGUCAUCUUUGUCCUCCAUCACCAUCCAACACUAUGGUUCCUAUACCAGCUGACAACAACCUCAACGCUAACACCGACCUGAACGCAAAACCAGAUUCCAAAUACUGGACAAAAGCCAACAUAGCCCUCACUAUUGUCUUCUCCCUCGUUGUCCUCGCCGUCAUCCUCUUCGCCAUCCUCUUCCUCCUCUACCGGCGGCACGAGAAGAAGAAGCUCGCAAACCGUAAAUCAGACACAGCCGGCCUGCUCGCGAAUGAAGACAAGACAAACAACAUGUUCAGUCGGCACCGUGCCAGCAGUGUCACCCUCUACGUCGACUCGGAAGCCGAUGCCCGCAACAAGCGUUCAAGCACCGAUACCAUGCAUCUCGUCCCCUUGCAAGUCACACCUGUCGAAGAAGUAAUGGAUCCCAUCGGCAGUAGCAUGGAGAGCUCGGGCUCGGGCGUCAGUUCCCUGAGCAGGCAGAGUAAUCUGACGGUUAGCUCUAUGCUGUUAAGUCCAGUGUCACCGACUGCGGAUAAUGAUCGACCAUCGGGUCGCCCAAGGAGUACGAGUACAACGUCGACGCGAUCGCAGAGGGCGAGAUACUAUGAGACGACGCCUACGGUAGAGAUGCCGCAGAUACCCAAGAUUGUUCAUACCAUAUCGCAGUAAAUAAAUGUAUGUUGGUCGGAACAAGCUUGAACAGUCUGAGAAGGUGGAUGGUUUGGCAUUCUGUAUUCUUCCAUACUUGUCGAAAACUGCAUUUGAGAGUUGAAUGGGCCUCUUUUUUUCCUUUCGCGUUUCGCGUAGUUCUUCAUCAGCAUCACUAUAUACCCACUUCUUUCACAACAUCUAGUGUUUUGUUCACUGCUAGAGAAAACAUCAAAUGUCUACUGUUACACUUGUUGUGAUAUAAAUACUUGUUGACGAAUCAUGCUGUCUUAGCGUGUUUAGUGUAUUUAUAAAUUGGAAACUGUGGCA